AUGACAGCGGCAAGUCCUCAUCGUACUCUGAUCGUCGACUUUUACAAGCGAGGUUUAAGCACAGGAGACAUUUCUAAACGACUCGGAGUGCACCGAAACACGGUUUUCGCGACCAUCCGUCGUUUCAACCAGCUUGGCCACCUCAAGGACCGUACGGGAAGAGGAAGACCGAGGACUGUAAGAACUCCAGCGAAAGUCAAGGCCGUCCGGGAGAAAGUCAGGCGAAAUGCUCGUCGUUCCAUGAAAAAGAUGUCAGAUGACAUGGAUAUCUCCUAUACAUCAAUGAGGAGAAUUGUCAGAAAAGAGCUGAAGAUGACCUCUUAUCGAGCAACAAAAGCUGCUAUUCUAUCCCAAGCCAAUAAGGAGAAACGGCUCAUCAAAGCGAAGCGCCUUCUCGCUGGCACGCGCAAAAAGGAUCGUCUUAUCACCAUCUUCUCGGACGAGAAACUCUUCAGGGUCGAGGCUGAAUUUAAUAGCCAAAACCACCGAGUGCUGGCCACAAAUAUUCAACAAGCAGCUGAGCGUGGUAAAACAAUCCAUCGAGCCUCUCAUCCUGCGAGCAUCAUGGUUUUCGGAGCGGCUUGCUAUGAUGGGAAGAGAUUCUGGAGAAGCAUGUGCUACCGUGGGCUCAAAACCACUUCUGUCAGAAGAAAUACAUCUUCCAACAAGAUGGAGCGCCUGCUCAUACCGCAAAAAUGGCUCAACAGUGGUGCAAGGACCACUUAUCCCGCCUUCAUACCAAAAGACAAAUGGCCGGCUUACUCGCCUGAUCUGAACCCGCUCGACUACUUCGUAUGGGGAGAUCUGCCUAAUAAGGUCUGCGCAAGACCUAAUGCAAAUAUCGAGGCCCUGAAGAAGUCGUUGUCUGAGGAAUGGGACAAAUUAUCCGUCGAAUACCUGCGUGCCACCAUUGAUGCCUUCCCUCGACGACUUCGUGCCGUGGUCGCUGCCAAAGGAGGUAGAAUCGAAUAA